AUGGCAUCGACGGCAAAGAAGGUCAAGAAAUCGGCCGAAGCUUUGGUCGAUGAGUCGGAGGCACUGGAAUUGGUGGACGGCUGCCAAAACUCCAUUGAUGCGUUAAACGAGCAGGCAAGUGAGGAGAUUCUUAAAGUAGAGCAAAAAUAUAACGAGCUGCGAAAGCCGCACUAUCAGAGACGAAACGACUAUAUUAAGCGUGUGUCGAAUUUUUGGAUCGUUGCAAUCAUGAAUCACCCUCAAAUUUCGUGCAUCUUAGAGCAAGAAGAAGAGGAUUGUUUGCAAUAUCUGGAGAAACUUGAAGUUGAAGAGUUCGAGGACAUCAAAAGUGGAUAUCGAAUUCUUUUCCACUUCGAAGAAAAUCCAUUCUUUGAUAACACUGUCCUGACGAAGGAAUUUAAGUUAGGCUCAAAUGGAGAAAGUCCUUCCUCGACAAGCACCACGAUCAAAUGGAAACCGGAACACGAUCUUACUAAAAUGCUGCCAAAGAAGAUGGAUAGUCAUCGUCGGAAGCGUGGUCUGGAGAAUCGGACCUUUUUCGAUUGGUUUACGGAUAACAAUGAUCCCAUCAACGACGACAUUGCCGAACUGAUCAAAGACGAUCUGUGGCCGAACCCAUUGCAAUACUAUCUCGUACCAGAUAUCGAAGUUGAACCGGAAGAUGACGAAGACGGCGAAGGGGGUGAAGAAUUUGGCGAGGAGGGUGACGAAGAAGAGGUCGACGACGUGGAAGAUGAAGAGGAUAAGGCCUCUUAG